AAUCUCCAGUACACUGCAUGCUGGGAGGGCAGGCAGCACGUCACGGCCAAUCGCUGUUCUGGCUCGCACUUCACAAUAAACAGUCAUUGUUUUGCCACACUUUUUUCUACGGCUGAGGAUUAUCGUAAGAUUCGCACACAUUCGUGUUCUGCAAAUUUCCUGUUCGUCUUAUGCUCAGAUGUUGGCAUGAUCAUUCUUUGCUGAUAUUUUCACAAGCCGACUUGAAGUUGAAUUUAAAACCUUAAGAAGUGUGACAUUGGAAAGAAAAGAGGCCUUGAACAUUUGUAUCAUUGCCUUCCGUUUGUUUGACUUGAUAAGAGUAGAGUGAUUUCAGUUCUUUACUUGAAAGAUUCAUCAUAUAAAGAUUUUGACGAGGUUUAUGAAGUUAUAUGUAACUUUAAGACAAAAGGUUGAUCCAUGAUUUUGUAAGAUGUUCUAGAGAAUGAGAAGGAAAAAAGAAUUCUAGCUACCAGGAAAGUGAUAUAACGCUAAAUCAACUUUUAUCUCAUUACAAGGUACUUUCUCCUAUAUAUUUGAUUCCCUAACCAGAUUUCCUGGCUUUGAAAUUUACAGAAACAGUUCCAGCCGUCAUUCCAAACACGACAGAAUAUAUCUACCACUAAAAGAGAAAAAGGGAAAGUGAGAAGAGAAAAAGAUAAUUCUUUCCGAUGAAGUAGUGAUGCGGUGGUCGGAUGCAUGCGGGAGCUAGGGGAGGUCUCGUUCGCAGGAUGCGCAAGCGUAGGGUGGUCGUCUUCUCCGUCGCUUGCUGCCUCCCCGCCCUCUUCCUACUCUACUUGGCCUCUUCCGACGAAGAUAUGGGAGCGGACAACUUCUUGGGCUUUACUCGGCGCGAAGCCAAACUGGCAGAACGAGUCCGAGAAGUGGAAGAACAAAACCAACUGCUACGAAGGCAGCUCAGCAUCUCACAGAAUCAUUUGCUGAGCGUGAUGUCGGAGAACCAAAAUGACUCCCAGACGUUCGGGACGAAGGAGGAGGAGAGCAGCCAAAAGACGGUGCUGUGCGCGAACCAAGAGCCCGAAGUGCCCAAGUGCGAAGUGAUCCACAUCGCCAUCGUGUGCGCCGGAUACAACUCCAGCCGAUCCGUCGUCACCCUCAUCAAAAGCAUCCUUUUCUACCGCAAGAACCCCCUGCACUUUCAUUUCAUUGCUGACUCGGUGGCGCAGCUCAUCCUUCAGACCUUGGUUUCCACCUGGAACGUACCUGGGGUUGACGUAAGUUUUUAUUUGGCUGACAAUCUUCAGGCCGAAGUCUCGUGGAUUCCUAACAAGCAUUAUUCAGGAGUGUAUGGCCUUAUGAAACUGGUCCUUCCCAGAGCAUUACCCGAAACACUAGAAAAAGUUAUUGUUUUAGAUACAGAUGUUACGUUUGCUACUGAUAUUGCUGAAUUAUGGCGAAUUUUUAGGAAGUUGUCAGCAAAACAAGCUAUUGGACUUGUUGAAAACCAAAGCGAUUGGUACUUAGGAAAACUUUGGAAAAAUCACAGACCUUGGCCAGCUUUGGGUCGAGGUUUUAAUACUGGUGUUAUACUCCUUCAUUUAAAGAAAUUGAGAGAUAUUUCGUGGAUGCAGAUGUGGAGGUUAAUUGCUGAAAAAGAAUUACUCAGUAUGUUAUCCACAUCAUUAGCAGAUCAGGACAUUUUCAAUGCAGUUUUAAAACAGCAUCCCUACCUCAUAUAUAAACUUCCAUGUCAGUGGAAUGUGCAGCUAAGUGAUAAUACUUUAAGUGAAAUUUGUUACACAGAAGUCCAAGAUUUAAAGGUUAUUCACUGGAAUUCUCCAAAAAAGUUGAAAGUUAAAAAUAAACAUGUGGAAUUUUUUAGAAAUUUAUAUUUGACCUUUUUAGAAUAUGAUGGAAAUUUAUUAAGAAGAGAGUUAAUAGGUUGCAAUAAUAGUAAAGUGACACAUGUCCAAGAAGCAUUGAACGCUAUUGAUGAAGAUGAUUCCUGCUAUGAAUUUAGAAGAGCUCGAGUUGUUAAACAUCGUACUCAUUUAUAUUAUAUUGAAUAUGAUUAUGAGCCUUCACCUGAAGGAAAUGAUGUUACUCUUGUUGCACAACUGUCAAUGGACAGACUCCAAAUGGUUGAGGCACUUUGUAAACAUUGGGAAGGUCCCAUUAGUUUAGCUUUGUAUAUGUCUGAUUCAGAAGUUCAGCAGUUUCUCAGCUAUACUCUUAGUUCAGAAAUUCUGAGCAGCAGAAAGAAUCUUGGUUAUCAUAUUGUGUAUAGAGAUGGGCCAUUUUAUCCAGUGAAUUUGUUACGAAAUGUUGCACUGCAGCAAGUGACAACGCCCUUUGUGUUCCUCACAGAUAUAGACUUCCUACCCAUGUAUGGGCUCUAUGAGUACCUUAAGAAGUCAGUUGCUUCCAUGGGCUUGGAAUCGUCAACUAAGGCUCUCAUAGUCCCAGCUUUUGAAACACAAAGGUAUCGUCUGACAUUCCCAAAAUCAAAAGCUGAACUUCUUUCCAUGCUGGACAUGGGAACACUUUUUACAUUUAGGUAUCAUGUGUGGACCAGAGGCCAUGCACCCACCAACUAUGCCAAGUGGAGGACAGCCACAACGCCAUAUCGAGUUCAGUGGGAGCUGGAUUUUGAGCCAUACAUUGUAGUCCGUAGAGAUGUUCCUGAAUACGAUCGGCGAUUUGUGGGAUUUGGCUGGAACAAAGUCUCGCAUAUCAUGGAAUUGUAUGCCCAAGGUUACGAGUUUGUAGUGCUUCCAAAUGCAUUCAUUGUGCACAUGCCUCAUGCACCAAGUUUUGAUAUUGCAAAAUUCAGAUCAAGUUCUCAAUACAGAAAGUGUUUAAAAGUGUUGAAAACAGAGUUUGUUAGAGAUAUAUCUCGUCGUUAUGGUAAACAGUUUUCUGCUGAAAAGAAGAAACUUUCCAGAUAACAUUUAUUAUUAAAUUUUUAGGAGAUUAUGUACUGCACAAAAAAAGAACCCAUUUAAAUCUGGCAUCAUAAAUUAUUGACAGUGUGAUCUGAUAUGAGAAUGAAAUCCUUUAUAGCACAAAGUGAAAAAUCAUUGGAAAGGAGAGCAUAUAUUUGUUGUUUUUGUCAACAUAAAACACAAAUUGAGUGUUUGUGCUGUAAAUUCAUUUUCAGAUUUCAUAUGACUAUUUAUAAUAAAUGUAUAAAAAUUCUUUAGGUAGGACUUAUUUCUCACAAAUGGUGAAAAGUUCUUGAAUAUACACUGUCACAGAAAGCUGCAAGAUGUAUAAUUAAACAGAAUGAAAAUGUUUUAACUUAUUUGAUAAACUUACCAUAUUAGGGCAUAAAAAUCAAAUACCGCAAAAUUUCUUUCCUACAUGUACAACAAAAAGUAAUUAUUUCGACGAAAAGCAAGAACUUUCUAAACUUGUGAGAACUUAUAAUUAAAAGAUUCUUUUGUUGCAGCUAUUUAAUUUAGAUAUAAGCUUGUAUAAUUUUCUUGCUUUAGAACAAAUUUUUAAACAUUUGUUUGCUCUUUUUCAAAUUGUUUCUCAGUGUGCCUAAAAUGAGAGAACAAACGCACAAACCUCCACUCAAAUAUACAAAUGAAAAAUUUAGUGUUUGAUGUUCGCAGUGUUUUGAGAAAUUUUAGAAUUUUGAAAAGAAUUCAUAUACUUUUUAUUAUAAAACAGUCUGCUCUCUUUUUCAUAUGAUACAUGGCCACUGUUUUGCACAUCAGCCAUUAUCUGGGAUUAAUCAAGGACAAUGCAAUAAAGUCCAAGUUUGCUGUUGUUGGAUAUUGUUGUGAGUAACCUGAGAAAUAAUUUUCUAGAUGCUUCAGAGUAGCUAUCUUAAAAUGUAUUUGAGUUCCAUAUUUUCUAUUUAUUUUUAACCACAAAUAUAUUUUCCUCAAGUUGAGGAAUAAAUUUCUUAAAUAAAAUAAUAGUUUUCAAAACGAAAACUAUUAAAUUUGA